AUGCGCGGGUAUCUCCCCCUUCUACUGGCUCUCUCCGCCUCUUACACCACCAUCACUGCGCUUCCUCGGCCAGUCAUCGUUGCUCGUGAGCCUGCCGACGAGCCCAAAUACUCAGUUGUACCCCUGGAGCCCGGCGACAAUGAUUCUGGCGACGACGAUUCAGGAAGCGAUGACAGUGGGAGCGGCAGCCAAGGCAGCGGCAGCGGCAGCGGCAAUGGCGACGACGAAGAUGGCGAUGGGAUCGUGACAGUCAUUCAGACCGUGGUCAAGACGAAGAAGCCCGUCACACAUGUUGUCACGAAAACAGGCGAUGCGAGUACGGUCACGGCCCCCGGAAAGACGGUCACAAAGGCUGUCACCAAGGCCGUUCCUACCACCAUCUCAAUCAUCAACGUCGAUGAACAACCACAACCACAACCGAUCACCCGAACUGUGACCGUGGCUCCCGAGCCCAGUGUUUCUGAACCCUUUGUCCCCGAACCUAGUGCUCCCAAGCCCAAGCCGUCUCAGGAACCGGAGCCUACUAGCGAGCCAGCAACCACGACCACCUCCAAGGAGGCCCCCCAGUCGACAUCUGAAGUUACCUCUGAGACCUCAAGCUCAGCUCCGGCUCCAGCGCCGACCUCUGAACCAGAGCCCCAACUGCCAGGUCCGCCCGCUGAACCGAAGGAGUCAACUCAGGAGUUAACAACAUCGACGAUCUCCACGACAUCUACGACAUCCAGCUGCGCAAACUCUGCUCCCCCUGCCGAGACCAGGGUUCAGCCUCCUCCUUUCCCUGCUCCGCCUAUGUUCACAAGCACUAUUACCAUCCCCGUGCCGACCACCUUCGCUACACUAACGACAAGCGACACUACCACGAUUCCUCAGGAGACGGCAGCCCCCUCCAACGACAUCCCGGUUGAGGUUCACCCUUCCCCAGAGACCAACGUGGGUGGCCAUGAAACUCAGGUCGAGCCCCAGCCUCAGCCGACAAUCACCGUGCCUUUUCAGGCUCCGAUACACCUCACUACGCUCGUCACUUCUAUCACCACCACCUCGGUUGCUCAAGUUGUAGACCCUGAGCCAACACCUCCUGCGCAAUCACAGGAUGAUGGCUCGUGGCAUACCACCUACCCUGCGGGUUGGAACGGCACCGUGCUCUCAGUUUGA